UGUGGCUGCAGCCAGCCGUGGGAGUGGGGAACUGAUGAGGAUGGGCUCCGCCGGCAAGCGCUCCCGCAUCCCACAGCUGCCACGGUGAGAGCUGUGAGAGCGGGAGGCCAGCGGCAAUAAAAGCCAGCAGGGUCCCCUCCGUGCCUCACCGGCCCCGGCAGAGUCCCAGCGAGCCGAGCAGAGCUCCGGGGUCCCACCGGAGAGGGCUCUCCCAGCUGGCUUCCACUGAAGGCUGGAUUUUGCCGUUCCUCUGCCCCAUCUCCCACACGCGCAGGUGAAGGGAUUUGGCACCCACAGCGCUCUCAGGCACCCCAAAAGGCUCACCACCAUGGCUGCUGGCCUGGAGAAAGCCUGCCACCGGUGCAUAUCUAAAAUUGCCAGCAAUGCAUGCCUUAUAUUUGGGCUCCUCGCUUUCCUUGCCUUACCACUGUCCAUGACUUUUAUAGGAAUGAAGUUUUUGGAAGACUGCCCAGUUCAGCCACUGAUUCCCUUGUAUCUGUUGGUGGGUGGCGUGAUUGGCAGCUUAAAGGUGACUCUCCUGCUGUACGACUCAACCAGGAUGAGGCAGCUGCUUUCCAAGUCUGUUGUGAUUGAUGAUGAUGAUGACGAUGAGUAUCCCUGGAGGCAGAAUGCUCACAAGUACUACGUCCAUCUAACCCUCAGCCUUUUCCUCUUUCUCUGGUUCAUUCUUGGGAACUACUGGGUUUUUUCUGUGUAUCUACCAAAUUUCAUCCCACCUUUUCAUCAGCCUCAGGAUUACUGUGACAAAACCCUGUACAUUUUUGCUGUUGGUGUUCUCAUUAUUAGCCAUACUGUUCUUUUUCUCCUUAUCUUUUGUAGCUGCUGCAUAUACUGUUUUUCCAGGCAAAGAUUCUCUUCUGAGGAAGACUAAAUGCUACAUAAAUAAAUCUCCAGAUGUUUGGGAAAGAGUGUACAACAAAGAACAGGCAAUAAUU